UGUUCCCGAACACAGGCAGAUUGGAAAAUGCAUAAUAAAAUUGAAUUUGUUUCGUAAUGAAAACAAAAUAGUACAUACUAGCCUAAUGUACUAGGUAUACUUUGUAUUUAAUUUACUAUAUUGAAAUGAAACAACAAUUACCGCAAACAUUGAGACAGCUUUCCGAUAGUUUCCUUUCAAAGUCCCUUGAUCCAAUCUCGGUAGUUGAACAAUGCAUUGCAUUGGCGAAAACCCGUAAUAAUUUGAACGCUUUCGUAAGCUUGUCCGCCGCUGAAGCUCGCAAACAUGCAGAGAAUUCCGCUGAACGGUAUCGUGAUGGAAAACAUCUCGGUGUUGUUGACGGUGCUCCGAUCGCUAUAAAGGACAACUUCUGUACCAAAAACGUACCAACUACAUGUGCUUCGCGUAUGCUGAAAAAUUUUGUACCCACAUACAAUGCAACGGUUUACAACCGGUUGAAGCGCCAAGGAGCGCUGUUACUCGGGAAGACCAACAUGGACCAGUUUGCAAUGGGAUCGGGAUCGGUAGAUUCGAUUUUUGGACCAACAAAAAAUUGUUGGAGCGAAAAUUUGCAAAACGAUGAAUUCCGAAUCGCUGGCGGGAGUUCUGGUGGGUCAGCGGUUGCUGUGGCCUCCGGGGUUUGUUUUGCAGCUCUGGGAUCCGAUACAGGUGGUUCAACGCGUAAUCCUGCAUCCUACUGUGGUGUUGUAGGGUUUAAAUCAACUUAUGGACUCCUGUCGCGGCAUGGGCUGAUUCCUCUGGUGAACUCAAUGGAUGUUCCAGGAAUUAUAACCAGGAAUAUAGAUGAUUGCGUUGCGGUCUUUAACACAAUUGCUGGACCGGACGAUCGGGACUCGACAACAAUUAAGUCACGUUUUGAACCGAUUCAACUCGCACAAUCCAAUCAUAUUUCGCUAAAAGGUUUGAAGGUCGGAAUUCCAAUCGAAUACCACUGCGAAGGUUUGUCUGAUGAUGUUUUGAAGGCGUGGACUGAUGUUGCCGACAUGCUUGAAGAUGCUGGAGCAAAAGUGGAACCUGUUUCACUUCCCUACACGUCAGCUUCGAUUUUCGUUUAUUCAAUUUUGAAUCAAUGCGAAGUUAGUAGUAAUAUGGCUCGAUUUGAUGGAAUAGAGUAUGGGCAUCGGUCAGACGAGGAGACGAGCACAGAGCAAUUGUACGCAAAGUCACGAGCCGAAGGAUUAAACAGUGUUGUUAAAAAUCGCAUUCUGGCUGGAAACUACUUUUUGCUGCGUAAAAACUACGAAAAAUACUUUAUGAAAGCAUUAAAAGUUCGAAGAUUAAUAGCAAACGAUUUCGAUGAAGUUUUCCGGAAAGUACACAUUCUGCUAACUCCAACCACGUUGAGUGUGGCACCACUGUAUAAGAAUUUUAUGAGCAGCAACAACCGAGAUCAGUGUGCCGUUCAAGACUUCUGUACACAACCCGCCAACAUGGGAGGAAUUCCUGCAUUAUCCCUUCCAAUCCGACUAUCGGAAGAACUAUUACCAAUUAGUUUACAGUUAAUGGGCCCAAGUUUCUCAGAACAAACGCUCUUCGAAGUUGCGAAAUGGAUUGAAACACAGGUGCAAUUUGAUAGGUACUAUUAGGUCACAAGGAUUUGUUGAAUAUAGAAUUUCAGAAUA